UGCCUCUUGCUAAAAGUGAGGCCCCUCCAUGGCUGUAAUCCUUUAAGGCUGUAACCAUCCAUAACCCAUUACAAGCUGUUACAGACUAAAGAACGCUGGCAACAUGGCAUGGCCCCCAAAAAUGGCAGCUAACUUCGUUAGGCGUACCUUUCCCUUUUGCAAUGCAAUAUAUAUGUAAAAUUUGAAGAACAAUUUCGUGCACGAUAACGCCAGGGCCAUUGCCACAACACCCAGAUUCACACGUUUUCUAAUCAAUCCUUUUCUUCUUCUACCAGACGUUCAAUACUCGAGAAUUUCCCUCCAAUCCCACAAUCUCCAUGCUUUUCACUUUAAAUUCCCUGUUUGAGUAUUUUCACUGUGUUUUCUUCGUGACUUCUCAGCAGUUACAGAGGUGGGUCCUGCUCUUUCAGAUCUGAUUUAAGCUUUGUUUUCUGUCAUUUACAAUGUUUGUUUAGCUUCGGGGAUUGAUAUCCCUUCUGGGUAUUGAUUAAAAUGGAAAUUGCUAGCGUCACUUCUCCACGAAUAAGAUUAGAUCAAGGUUCAAAGGAACCCCAUGGAAACAAUUUUGAGCUAGAACUAUCCCAUAAUGUUGGUGACCGUAACCACCAAUUCCAUUCGAUGAAUGCACUAGAGAUCUUAAGAGAAACCAUUAGGAUUUUACGGUACAACUCGUCCGGUUUUAUGAUCAUUGCAGCUUUGUUAAUUUGCCCAGUAUCUGCAGUCCAUAUGUCUAAUUUGUUAGUUGAUCAAUCCAUUGUGAAGAGAUUAACUGUUAGGCUUUUGUUAGUAGCCAAAACCAGUGGACUCCCAUUGAGACCUUUUAUCAAACAGUCAUGCCGACGUUUUGCUGAAACGGCUGUUUCCUCGACAAUGUGCUUCCCUUUGUUCAUCACAUUGUCUUUGUUAUCAAAGGCGGCAGUGGUUUAUUGUGUAGAUUGUACUUAUUCAAGGAAAUCAGCUGAUGUUUCGAAGUUUUUUGUGAUAAUUGGAAAGUUUUGGAGGCAGCUUGUUUCAACAUAUGUGUGGAUGUGUAUGGUAAUUGUUGGUUGUGUAACAACUUUCUUUGUGUUCCUUGUUGCUGCAUGUAGUGUACUUUCUGUUAUUGGUUUUACACCUGAUUUAAUCGUCUACACGGUGAUAAUGAUGGGGCCAGUGUUCGCGGUUGUUUUUGCAAAUGCAAUUGUUGUCUGCAAUAUUGGAAUUGUAAUCUGUGUGUUGGAGGAAGUUUCAGGACAACAGGCAUUGCAUCGAGCUGGUGUCCUAAUCAAGGGGCAGACUCAGGUUGCCCUUUUGAUAUUUCUUGGAACUACAAUUGGGUUGGCAUUUGUGGAAGGGUUGUUUGAGCAUAGAGUAAAGACGUUGAGUUAUGGAGAUGGGUCUUCUAGGAUCUGGGAAGGGCCUCUGUUGGUGAUAAUGUAUUCGUUCGUAGUGCUUGUUGAUUCCAUGAUGAGUACAGUUUUCUAUUUCAGUUGCAGGUCUUAUACCAUGGAAGCCUCAGCUGGUGAAUGUCAAUCAAUGUUGAAAACCAUAGCAGCCUCAGCCGAAUCAUUGGGUGUUCAAUGACAUCAUUGUACACAUUGUUAUGCUAUUGGCUAAUAUUUUUCAUGUUCAUAACAUGAGGAUUUAACUGCCAGUUCCAUUGUUGGAGUAUCAAUGAGUAUCUGUUGUUGUUUUGUCAAAAUUCCGGCAAGAAGGGUCUGCAGCUCAUGAUAUGCUAAAGAUAUUCAUGGCUCACGUUCAUAAAAUUUCUUGUGACAUACCAUCACGGAAUGAAAGAAUAGCUAUACAAUAUUUUGAUUCAAUACAAAUGCAUAUAAAAUAUUCAUCAAUUAUAUAAGAAUGAUUUUGAGCAUUGAGAAAGAAUUGCUGUAGAAAAGUAUGUUUGUUGAUAGUGACAGCUUGAACAUAUGGACUGUUUUUUUUCUAUCAUUCUUUUUGUUGGAGAAGAAUCAUAUGAAUCUGCUUGUUAUUGGAUAAAUGCGUUCUUGAUUACUCCAGAAAAUGGGUUUUUUAACUUGAUUAUUAUGUCUUCGAUGACCUGACUUUUGAAGAUAGGAGGUAGAAUCAUAUUCUAAUGGCUUGGGCAGAGAAUUUUCUGAUCAGAGGCUCCUCGUGAACAAGUUUAAGAUGAAGGGCAUGUAGAUAAUUCCUUUAAAUGACCAUAGUCGAAUCAAGCUUGAAAGUUAGGAUAUAUGAAAGAUGAAACUUUACCCAAUUUGGUCGUCAAAUAGGACCAUCACAUGUGAAUUAAAUGACGUUGUAAGAGAAAGUAUACGAUGGAGUUUGUUUACUUCAUGCCCUUUUGAGUUGCCUAAGCUUAAGCUAUAAUCUGUUUGCUUUUUCGCUUAAUGUGGCUUUUAAGAUCGAGUAAAGCCAUAAGUUUAUGAGAGAAUAAAUUAGCCCCUACCAAAUAAACAAAUAAAUAU